AUGUACAUAUGUCAAUUGAGUUUCUGCCCUGCCGGCGUUGAGCUUGGACUGAUUCUCGACCCUCCUCGACUCCGAAGAGGCCAUCCGACUGCCAAGACUGUCACCCCCAGCACCAGCGUCCAGCCCAAACAGCCAACAGCGACCACAACAGUCGACAACAACAUCCAUCCAUCCAUCCAUCCCAAAAACAACCAACAAACCAACAAACCAACACACAGACAAACCUCCGAAUAUCACUCAUCGGCUGCUUGGAAGAAGAACGAGAACGAGAACGUCCAGCUCAUUCAAUCACUGCUUCACCCGAAUUCGUUUUGGUCGUCCCCACAACUCAUCCGCACUUCCUCCUUCAUGGCAAAGAAAACGCAACCCAGUCGAUCGGCUGCUUCGGCUCUCCAAUCAGCUCAACAGCAGAAGAACCAGAAACCUUCCCUGCCUCCCCCUCCAUCCCCCCCUUCGCUAGCCCCCAAGUCCAAAACAUCCGGCGCUGCAAAGAAGAAGAAUAAGAAGAAGGCUGCCCAGGCUCGUCAACUCGACUCGAUCAACCAUCUGGAUCAACUCAACGAUAAUCAUACCGAUUCAAACAGUCUGAUCGGUCGAUCUGAUAUGAUUGGUGCCUAUCCGGCCGAAGAUGCCGUCUCAAUCACCCAGCGGACAACAACCGGUAGCAUCUCCCCCGAUGAGGACGAGGACGACCGGAUCACCUCUCAUACCAUGCAUCCCAGUCUGGCUGCAGCCACCCGUCAGACUCAAGAAGAUCUACUCGCCACAGCUAACGACCUCUACCGUCAGAUCGAGUCUGCAGCCGCAGCCGCACUCGCUACUACUCAAUACCCCAAGAGCAACAAUUCGAUCCAUAACUCUAACAAUCAGAACCAAUCCUCGACAAAUCAUCAAUCCGGUCAUUCAAAUUCAAAUAAUCACUCGCCUCAUCCGGAUGAUGAUGCAUAUUGGAAUUCUCUUCCUGCUCAUCUGCGAUCGUUUAUUCGUUCUGCUCUUCCCCUUGCUGCCGGUCACUCAUCUUCCAAUAGCAAUCAAUCACAGUCCUCCGCUCAGAAUCCAGGUGCCAUCCUACCAAACCUGUCUUCCUUCGCCCACGCAACCGGUAUGGUCACCUCCACGACCACCUCCAACAACCAACAGAGCGUACCCCAACUGACGAGCGAACAAAUGGCAGCAGCAGCUGAACAAUUGGCUCGAGUCGUCCAAAGUCACGAUUGGGGUCGAGCGGUCUCCACUGCAGCGCAACAGGCCGGCUUAUCGCAUACUAGCGUCAUGAACCACAUCAUCAAUGGCACUGCUCGAUCGUCUCACAAUUAUAGUCGUGAUGGGAGCGGCGCCGCUGCUACACUUAGCGUGACAGGUGGAACUGUCACCGGAACGAUACCCCUCGGAAGUUUCACCCUGCCUCUACCCCUUCACGCUCAUCCUGAACAACAUCAGCACCAGAACUCACAUGGGAUUAAUGAGCCUGUUUACUACACCGGCGAGACGACUAUCGUGACCUCGAGAAUCGGUGAUAAACACAAUGGCGAUGAUGGUUUGUUAGAUGAUGGUUAUUACAGCGAUGAUGCGAGAGGAAUGCGAGGUGACAUUAAUCAUACUAUACUCGACAACCGACAUAACCACUCUGAACAAGCUAGUAACGCUAGCAAUAUUGGGGUCAACAACUCAUCUCCAGCAAUGACAACAACCACGAGUAACAAGAAGAAGAAGAAGAACAAGAAGAAAAAAUCGGGUAACGCUGGUUCCAAUGAAGCUACCCAACCUCCUCCUGUUCCGAGUAUCGAUGUUCAGCGUUCCGCUCCUACGUUACCAUCGAAUCCUGGAGUUCCCACCAAAGCAUCAUCUCAAAUUAAUUCAUCAACGCGAAAACCUGGUCUUGAUCCUCCGGGCGUUCAUCUCACAAAUCAGACCCUUUCACCAAAUGCCGCUGCACCCGCCUCUCGACUGCCCCCAGUUCCACCUUCUGCCCAGAAAAAGAAAAGUCCUAUCGCCACUUCAUUGUCUUCUAACGUAAACAAUUCAGCCUCCUCAUCGACCGUCACAAACACCAACUCGAAUAACACCUCCCAUCAGCCCACCGAACGGGAGCGGAUUCGCGUCUUCUGGUUGACGCUGAAUCAAGAGGAGCGAGCCAACCUUGUAAAGAUCGAGAAGGAUGCCGUGCUGAAAAAAAUGAAGGAACAACAGCGGCAUUCUUGCUCCUGUGCAGUCUGUGGACGAAAACGACUGGCGAUCGAGCAAGAACUAGAAGUAUUGUACGAUGCCUAUUAUGACGAACUGGAGAAUUACGCGGAGGCCUCCAAGAAGUAUUACGGCUCAGACUUGAAGACAAAGGGCGACAAAGGCCUACCUGGAGCCUACCCAAAGCCACCAGGACCCGGGCCAUUCCCAGGAAGUGUAGACAUCAUGAUGACGGCGACCCAACCAUCAACUCAAGUUGCAUCCAAGAAGGCUGUUCCCAAACCUACUCGUGAUCAUAAAAACAUUCGGCCAAGACCUCAGCAAGCCGUGCCUCAGCAGACUCAUCCACCUCCUCAAUCUACAAAUGGAACCAAUGGACAUUAUCAGCAACCACCAGGUGCCGCCAAACGAAACUUACCCCCACCGUCUCAAUUGAAGAAGUUGAAUUCACAUAACAGCAAUAGUGAUCACGAUCACACGCAUAGCCCAAGCUGCCCCCACCAUCCUCAUCACCACGGUCCAAAUCACUAUCACCCCAACAAUCGUGGAAAAGGUGUUGCUAAUGCUCACUGCAUUCCCCCGGCUGCUCAUCCACGGACACAUCCCCGAAAUGAAGACGCGUUUCCCGAUGAAGAUGCAGAGGAUGAGGAAGAUGAAGAUGAAUACGACGAUGACGAUGAGGAAGAAUAUGAUGAAGACGAAGAGGAGGAAGGCGAGUUUGAAGAUGAUGAUGAGAUCCCAGCGUUAGAAGAAGUGCCCAGCGAAACGUUGGUACCAAAUAACGCACACAAGAAACCUCCCAUCAACGGCACAAAUAUGCCUUACCCUAAUAAAUUGCCCAAUGGCGAUAAACCGAGUAGCACGCAUGCAAACAACAGCGAUUUAUUUGGAUUUGGAAACUCUCUAACUGUCAAAGGAGGUAUAUUGACCGUGGCCGACGACCUUCUUCGGAACGAUGGGCAAAAGUUCUUGGAAAUGAUGGAAUCAUUGGCCGAUAAACAUGAUGAGAAUGACGGGGAUGAUUACGAUGAAGAUGAGGAGGAGGAUGAUGAGCUCGACGAUGACGAUGGAUUUGAUGACGAGAUCAUCACUGAGGAAUAUCGAAUGAAAGAAGGCCGCCGGAUGUUUCAAAUCUUUGCAGCAAGAAUGUUCGAGCAACGCGUCUUGACGGCUUACCGGGAAAAGGUAGCACAAGAAAAGCAGGCCCAACUACUCCGAGAAUUGGAAGAUGAGGACAGACUAGCCCAAGAGCGCGAGCUCAAAAAGGUGAAGGAUGCCCAGAAGAAAAAGGAGAAGAAGAAAGCUCAGAAGCAGCAGAAAGAUCAAGACCUCGCCAAAAAGCUAAAGGACAAAGAAGCCGAAGAGCAGGCCGCGAAAGCUGCUGAAGAAGCUCGACUUGAAGCUGAAAAGCGUAAACAAGAAGAGCAGCGCAUCAAGCGAGAAGCCCAGAGGAAGCUGCAAGAAGCCGAACGUGCAAAGAAAGAAGAGGAGAGGAAGAAACGGAUCGAGGAAGAAACUAGGAAAAGAAAGGAGAAGGAGGAGAAAAUUCGGCAAGAAAAAGAGGCUAGGGUUGCCAAGGAGAAGGAAGAGCGUGAAAAGAAGGCUCGGGAGGAAGCCGAGCGAAAAGCAAAGCUAGAGUUGGAACGGAAAGAAAAAGAGGCUAAAGAGGCCAAGGCAAAGGAAGAAUUAGCGCGGAAGAAAAAAGCCGAGACUGCUAAACGUGAAGCAGAGGAAGCGGCCAAACGCGAAGCAGCAAAAACAGCUGCUGCUAAAUUGGCCGCUCAGAACAAAAAUGUUACACCUAACGCCAAGCCCAACCAACGUUCCCCGGUAUCUGUUAGGUCGCCAAUGACGCCCAAGCCGAUCAAUACAUCUAUCAAGAUGCCACCCAGCUCCGGUGCACAUAAUCUUCCGAUCCCAAACCCGAAUUUUCCACCGCAUACACCCAAUCGACCGAUGUUGCCGCCUCCCAUGCUCCCCAGACAGAUGUCCGUUGGCAUCGGCCUUGGAAGACCCGCCUCGGCGGCUGCGGCUCCACCUUUUUCUGCAGCUGUUCCACCUAUGGCUGGCCCUUCUUCUUACUCGAACAUACCCACAAGGCCACCAAGUGCACAGUAUUCGACCUCCUUUCCUGCUUCCAACGCCUACGCGCCACCUGGAUGUUUGCAAAAUAUACCUCCCGAUAUGCAUGUGCCGCCGAUGAAUGGUAUUCAAGCACCUCUAGUUGGAGGGCCUUUUAUGCCGAUGGGUAGCUUUCAACCCCCGAUGGGACCGAUGAUGCCCUCGAUCAAUAACAGAGCGUUCUCAGGAUCUGCGAUCCCCAUCACCCCUCAGCAUAACUAUGUUAACCAAACAUCUCAGUCGCACCAACCUUCCCAGCACCAAAGACCCAGUAUCGUCUCUUCUCUUCCACCUUCGACUCCGACUCAUCCUUCUGGACUCAUGAGCCCAGGUAUAAGUUCAGCAAGCAGUCCACUAAGUGCUCUACAUCUGGGCAGUGAGCCUGUCAGCAAAGCCACCGUGAGUGCUGUUGGGCCCAUCGGCCCCUCCUCAACCCAACAACCACGUCGACCAUCAGGGAUAGAUGAAGCUUUGGCUCAAGGCGGGUUUUUUUCAAAUUCGAUUGAACCUAUCGGCCGUCCCAAGCUUAAUGGGACAUCAAACGCGAUGGAAGUAUUGAGUGGUCAAAGUGAUCGAGAUUCAACGCCGGAUUCUGCAGAUACGUCACCGACUAGGUCUUCUCAGAACGUACUGGGAUCUUCGGCCCUUUUAGCAGAUGACGAGGCUGGCGCCAACUUUCCGAGACGACAUACGAUGCCGACCAACAUAACCCCGACGAGUAGAAAGACGAGUUGCUUUCCAGCUCCUCCAGGAUUCGAUAGGGGUCUUGUUGUAGGUAACAGUAUCUGGGGUACAUCUUUGCCCGCAGGCGGCGGAGAUUCGGGCUGGGGUGCGGCCGUUCUGUCGACGCCGCCACCUUCAGUAGUAACCCCUCGGACGCCUCUGCAACCUUCAUCCCUUGGCGGAGUUGUCCAACCGAGUGGAGCCAAUCCGCCUCGAGAGAAUACAUCGGAUUGGAUCAGACGUAGGGCAAUAUCGGCUUAUUGUAACAUGCGCCUCAACGAGAAGUGGAUCCCAGUUGGAGACGUGUCUAUCGAGAUGCAACGGAUUCACCUUGAUACUCUCAAUGUUAGCUUGAAAGAUAUGGUCGAUGCCUGUCUCAUCAAACGCAACAUUCAUAACGGCGGUGGUGAUUGGCAGUUCAGUCAACAGGGGCCAGUACUUUACACUCGUUGGUUGCCCGUGUCUAGUCAAGAAGUUUCACUUGGAACUUCCAAUCUUGUUUCUUAG